AUGGCGGGACAACUGGACAUUUACGCGCUGCUGGGCACCGACGCGGCACCCAUCAAACUUACACCGCGGGCACCCCUCAACUCGGAUGACGCAUAUGACAGUCAGGGAUUCAUUCAUGCCGGAACCCAGUAUGCAUCCUACUUUGCCCCAGAAGCCUAUUCUACACUGGUGGUCUUUGGGAUCGGAAACUGGCUAGCAGUACGUCGUGAUGCCGACUUUGUUGUAUCGUUGGCAUUCGGCGAUACAGUCAAGCAGCGCGUGGCCGUUUUGAACGAUCAACAAAGAUCGUGGGUGGCAGAGAUGAAAUGGUCUGCAAGCGAAAUCGCAGCCAUCGAGGCGUUGGCGAGCGAGCAACGGUUGGCCAAGCUCACAGUCAAAGUCGAGAUGCUGUCUUCGUCGUAUUUGGCAGCAUCGCCGCCCUCCAUGAACUCGUCGGCGCUUGAGUGCUCGGCCCCUUCUACGCCUGCCAGCACUCAAAGUGGCGCGGCUUCGGCAUCCAUUUGGGAGAUUGCCAGUGAAGCUGCGCCCCCGUGCACCCCACCCAAAGCCAGUGCGCCCGCCACCCCCUCGACGAAAUCCGGAGGUGGUCGGAAGCGAGCUGCUUCCACUCCAGACAAGAAGGCCAGCGGAGCCAGUGGAGCCGGCGGUGAGGGCCGAGGAAACGCUUCGCCCGCUGGAGGGAGCAAGCGCGUCCGGAUGGAUCACGAAUCGACUGCACUCGUUGGCAGUGCAUUGGGCGACCUCCCCACGCCGAGUGCACGCUGGGGCAUGACAUUUACCUUGCUUGGCGGCUCCAGCCGCAACGCAGUCCUCUUUGGCGGGCAAGGCAACAACCAGGACAUGGUUAAGGACACUGUCUGGAUGUUGGAAGACGGUUGCAAAUGGGUCCAGCUCGAAACGACUGGAACUGCACCUGCUCUGCGAAUGGGACAUUCAUCCGUCGCCCACAACGGCCAAAUCUACACGUUUGGUGGAUCGCGCAAAAUGCGCUGGUUUAACGAUCUGUUCACUCUUGACACUACAAGCAAUACCUGGACGACUGUGCAGUUCACUGGCCAGAGCCCAAGUGCGUCCUACCACUCUGUCUUUACCAUUCGAGGGGACAUGUUUGUUUUUGGCGGAAUCCAUGGCCAUCAGUCGGAUCGUAUUCCCGAUGUUUGCAAGAACGAACUGCAUGUAUUUAAUUUCGAUUUGAGAAAUUGGUACCGGCCCAGUGUGUUUGGCGACGUGCCCUCUCCCCGAUCUGGACACUCUGCUGUUGUCGCAGACGACGAACGCGUCUUCAUCUUUGGCGGAUGGGAUGCGCCUGAAUGCUAUGAUGAUCUGUUCACGUUUGACGCCGUGAUGAUGGAGUUUACAAAGGUCGCGACGCAUGGCGCAAGACCUUCUGCUCGCAGCUGGCAUGCCGCUCUUCUCUUGCCGGGCAACCGCAUGCUCAUCUAUGGAGGGUUUGACGGCAACCUGCCGAUGGGGGACGCAUUCCUUCUUGAUCUCGCCACAAUGACUUGGCACAAAGUCACAAACCCGGAACUCUCCAAGCCUCGAGCAGGCCAUGCCAUGAUCCUCUUACCUGCAGUCUCGGGCAACGCUCACGAAGACACAAUUUGCGUGUUUGGCGGCGGCGACAACGACGACGGCUUUUACAAUGAUGUCGUGACUCUUCGCGCUGAUCGCAUCACUCUAGGUUGAAAGAAAUAAAAAAAAUAAUUGCAAAGA